GUCGGGUUAUUACCACGAGAAAAUCUUCAUCUUCCCGCCUUGUGCUACUGCUUGAAUCUUCACUGUAUAGUGAAUAGCAAGCGAGCGAGAAAGAGAGAGGGAAAAGAGAGUGAGAGCCACAGAGCGAUGUGGAAGAGCUCUCCCAGCUCUCCAAGCAUCCCUCGCCAUGGAUACGCCCGAUAGGAACCAGAUCGGCACUCCAAUUUCCAAAUUCGAGGAUUCUCCUGUCUUCAACUAUAUCAACAGCCUUUCUCCCAUUAAACCAGUUAAGUCUGUACAUAUUACCCACACAUUCAACUCCCUGAACUUUGCAUCCAUUCCAUCUGUAUUUACUUCACCACAUAUUAGUUCUCAGAAGGAAUCAAGAUUCUUGAGGAGGCAUAAUUUCUCAGACCCUUUGAAAUCUGAGUUUCCCGACAACAGAAAUGGAGGCAGAGCAAGUGCAGGCGUGUUGGAAGAUGUUGACUUGUCUGAUUGCUCAGCUGAUCAACAAGGAUGUUUUGCUCCAGAGCGUCCUAUUAGGGGGGUCACUAUGGAGCCACAAGAUGAGAAUUCAAAUCUAGCUAUUGAGCUGCCAAGGACAUUGAGGUAUGAUUGUGGUAGCCCUGACAAUGGCUUAAUGCCUUGCCAUGGUAUUAAAACCAACCCUGUGCCAGAAAUUGCUGGAACACCAGUAUCACUGGUUCAAAUUGUCCAAGAGUUCUCAGAAGAAAGAUGCUCAUUUGAAACUGAAGCAAACUUACAGGAGAUAUGUCAGGCUGAUCAAAACAAAGAAGAGGGUCCAGGAUGUGAUUGGGAGAAUUUGAUAUCUGAUGCUACUGAUCUAUUAAUUUUUGAUUCUUCCACUGAUACAGAGGUUCCUAAGGGACAUGAUCAGAAAUUAGUGGAUCCUGUUACUAAUUCCUUAACUUCUCUUGUGUCAAAGUUUCCACAAGAUACUACCAAUGAUUUGCAUAAAAGCGAAUCUGUUGGUCUGGUUGGCUCCUAUGAACAAAAUGAAAUGGAAGAUCCUUCAACUCAACCGGGAGAAGUUGUAGAGCAGAAGGAAACAGAGCAAACACUGCAUAUCCUUUCAACUACAAUUUUGAAUAAGCAAGCAAAUGGUGAUUCAAGUGAGAAAAUGGAUGACAAAGCAGGAAGUAUCAUUCCAUUUGGUUGCAAGGUCAACUCUAUUCACCACCGUGGUAUGCGAAGGCGUUGUCUAGUUUUUGAGAUUUCAGGAGUUCAUAAAAAGAAACUGGAUAAUGAUUCCAAUAGCAGUGAUUCAAUCUCAUCUCAAUCUGAUGGAAAAAAUGUAUCCGAUGAUAAGCAGCUGGUUCCUAUUAAGCCUGGAAGUGGUUCUUCACCAUGUAUCCUUCCUGGUAUUGGUUUGCACUUGAAUGCACUGGCAACUACAUCAAAGGACUGUAGAGUUGUCAAGCAUGAAACUCUGCCUUCUGGAAGAAAGCUUAUAAGCAUGCCAAGUUCCAUUGCCUCUUUUCAUUCUUUUCCACCUUCUUCAAAUCCUCUAAAACCCAUUGCUCUGAAUUCCAUGGAGGGAGACAGAGGUCCAUCUGACAAAGAAGUUCAAGUCAAGCAAGAUGCUUCUCAGGCAUCUGCAUUUGGAGUUAGUGAAGAGUUUAAUCAGAGUAGCCCCAAAAAGAAGAGGCGCAGAUUAGAACAUGUGGGAGAAAGCGAUGCCUGCAAGCGCUGUAACUGUAAGAAGUCAAAAUGCUUGAAGCUUUACUGUGAGUGCUUUGCUGCUGGUGUCUACUGUGUGGAGCCUUGUUCAUGUCAAGAAUGUUUUAACAAGCCCAUUCAUGAAGAUACUGUUCUGGCAACUCGCAAACAGAUCGAAUCUCGCAACCCCCUAGCAUUUGCUCCAAAAGUUAUUAGGACCUCUGAGAAUACUUCAGAAACUGGGGAUGAUUCUAACAAAACUCCAGCUUCUGCACGACAUAAAAGAGGAUGCAACUGCAAGAAAUCAAGUUGCUUAAAGAAAUAUUGUGAAUGCUAUCAGGGUGGUGUUGGAUGCUCCAUUAACUGCAGAUGUGAAGGAUGUAAGAAUGCAUUUGGUAGAAAGGAUGGACCUGCUCCAAUAGGUACAGAAGAAGCUGAACCAGAGGAGGAAGAAACAGAAACUUGUGAAAAGAAUGGUGUAGAUCAAAGUGUACAGAAUAAUGAUGUUCAAAAAGAAGAGCAACAUUCAGAUUCUGUCUUGCCUAUAACUCCAUCUUUCCAGAUAUGCAGGUCAUCGGUACAACUGCCAUUUUCCUCCAGUGGAAAGCCACCCCGAUCUUCAAUACUUGCUAUUGGGUCAUCUCCUGGGCUGAAUGCCAGUCAAAAGCCUGGAAAGUCAGAUAUUGUGCACUCCCAACACAAAUUUGAAAAGCAUUUCCAAGUCGUCCCUGAAGAUGACACUCCCGAGAUUCUCAAAGGUGAUUGCUCACCCAUCAGUGGUGUGAAGACUUCUUCUCCCAACUGCAAGAGGGUCUCACCUCCACACCUUGGUUUGUCCCCUACUCGAAAGAGUGGCCGGAAGUUGAUACUGCAAUCUAUUCCAUCAUUUCCACCUCUCACUCCUCACCAUGAAAGCCGCGAUUUUCAAUUGAAGUUUAAAUGAAGUGCUUCCAAUCAUGGUGCUGGAUAUGUUGUCUAGUAGUACUAGUAGUUAGUAUCUGUUUAGGGUACCUGUAUAAUAAUAUUGUAUUUUUUCAAUGCCUUGUAAUAUUAUACAACUACUGUAAAAGCAUCUUUUUAUUGUAUUUCAAUGGCAUGUUCUCUUAAUUCAUUGAAUUAUUUGUGCUGUUGGAUCC